AUGGUAAAUUCAACCAUAUCAGCUUUAUCUUACUUUAUUCUUGGAGCUUAUUUGCACGUUGGAAACUUAAGAUACUUCUACUUCAUGUUAACUGCUUCACUUUACAUUUUUGUAGUUAUUGCCAACACAUCUCUGAUUGUGGUCAUCUGUGUGAACAGAAGCUUACAUGAGCCUAUGUACCUGUUUCUGUGCAGCCUGUUUGUAAAUGAACUGUAUGGUAGCACAGGGCUGUUUCCAUUCCUCCUGGUUCAGAUUCUCUCUGACGUUCACACUGUUUCUGCUUCUCUGUGUUUCCUGCAGAUUUUCUGCAUUUAUACAUAUGGAAGUGUAGAAUUUUUGAACUUAGCCGUCAUGUCUUACGACAGAUACCUGGCUAUCUGCCGUCCUCUGCAGUAUAACACACAAAUGACAUCAAACCAUGUUGCUGUCUUUAUUAUUUUCGUGUGGUUGUACUCAUUUGUGAAAUUUCUAGUUACUUUGUCCUUAAACAUCCGUUUGCCGCUUUGUGGAAACGUCAUAAACAGCUUGUAUUGUCAUAACUUCCUUGUAGUUAAGUUGGCCUGUUCUGACACUGAAGUCAAUAACAUCUACGGUCUGUUUGGCGUUGUUCUCACCGUCUUAGUUCCUCUGCUUCCAAUCCUUUUCUCAUACAUGAAAAUUCUUAGAGUGUGUUUCUCAGGUUCCAAACAGACCAGACAGAAAGCUGUGAGUACCUGCACACCUCAGCUCGUGUCUCUGCUCAACUUCUCUUUUGGCUGCUGCUUUGAGAUACUUCAGAGUAGGUUUGAUACGAGCGGCGUUCCCACUGCGCUGCGUGUCAUCCUUUCUCUGUAUUUUCUCAUCAUACAGCCACUUUUGAAUCCCGUCAUGUAUGGAAUGCAAAUGUCCAAAAUACGAAACACAUGUAAACAUAUCUUCUGUUAUAAAAAGUUAAAUGGUCAUAGUGAUACUGUGUAG